UGUUGUUCUUCAACUCCGCAGCCCACUCACUGAUCUCAGUCAAAAGGACUUGACAAGAAUCAGUCGCCAGUAAUCAUGGCGGACCCAACUCCCAAAGCAACCGUAGGCCCGCCGACAGACUCUCCUAAGUCAGCAAAAUCCCCGCAGUCGGCCGCCUCACCCGCCAUGCCAGCGUCCGCGACCAGGCCAGCAGCUGCAACACCGCCAGCAGCAACGCCAGCAUCGGUGGCUGGUGCAGGAGCGACGCCGACCCCUCAGUCUCCUUCCGACGUUGCCGAGACCCCGGCCACAAUUGAGAUUGACGAUGGAAUAACUGAUGAUGCCUCGACUAUUGAUGACAGAAUCUCCUCAUACACUGCGUCAUUGUCAUCUUCCAUCGUUGACUACCCUACCGAGUACGGUCGGCGUUAUCAUGCCUUUCGAUCUGGUGCCUAUGUGUUCCCCAAUGAUGAGACUGAAAUGGAAAGACUCGACGUGGUUCACACUUUACUAGUCAAGACCAUUGGAAAUCGACUCUUUCUUGCGCCUAUUGAUGAGCACAAGACUCACCGAAUCCUCGAUGUUGGCACUGGCACUGGAAUCUGGGCCAUCGAAAUGGGUGAUCUGUUUCCAAAUGCAGAGAUCCUUGGAAAUGAUCUGAGUGCUAUUCAGCCACCUUGGGUUCCACCUAAUGUCAAGUUCGAAAUCGACGACGUUGAAAGCGAAUGGAUUGGGGAGGACAAGUACGAUUUCAUCUUCAGCCGUUAUAUGGCUGGCGCCCUAGCUGAUUGGCCGACAUACGUAAGACGAGUCUACGAGAACCUGAAUCCUGGGGGCUGGGCCGAAUUUCAAGACUGGGAUUACAUGCUCUAUUCGGAUGACGGCACAACUGAAGGCACAGAGCUUCUCCGCUGGAUGGGCUACUUCAUGGAAGCUUGCGAAGUCUUAGGCCGUGAUGGACAGGUCGGGCCGAAGUUAGAGAAGCUGGUGAGGGAGAACACCGGACUAAUCAAUAUCGUCCACAAGCCUUUCAAGAUCCCUGCGGGACCUUGGGCCAAAGACCCUCACUUGAAGGAUCUUGGCAUGUGUAACCUCAUUCAAAUGUUGGAUGGCCUGGAGGCUUUCACCCUUAGGCUUCUCUGUGGCGUCCUCGGCUGGACCAAGGAAGAGGUUAUAGUGUUACUGUCGGGAGUACGCAACGAGCUCAAGACUGGAAAAGCUCAUGCUUGGCUACACUACAAUGUUGUAUAUGGCCAAAAGCCAGAAACAGAGGAGAAAUAAUUGUACCUCGAGAGAAAUGAGAGGCACCUGUGAAGCCGCUGGUAACUCCUAUGAUGUAGAUUAGUUGGCCAAAAUUGCCUUUUUAGUCUAGCACAUUGAUUGGUGAUGGAAUGAAAGCAACUUCAAGCACAAAGAACCUGAACAUAUAAGUAGC